CACAUUUCCCCUUGUCAUGGUCACUGUGGGUUGCCUCGAUUGCCCGGCCACUCAAAUUCCAUCUGGAGAUUCUUUCCCAGAAAAUCUCCAUGUCGAUGGAGGGGCUGCCACCGUGUGAACAACACGCCCUCUCCUCUGCCAGUCUCGACCGCCCUCCCCAUGGGUCAUGGCCCUCCAUUCAGAUUAGGAAUUCCUCAUAUCAAUCACCUGCAGCAGAUGGCCCCUCUCCACACCCUGAUCCCCCUCCUGGGCGUGUGACCAGUAACAAGCCACAAAGUUAGUGAAAGCUCCAGAGUUCCAUUGCAUUUGUGACUUCCCUGGGUUUUUUGCCUCUGCCCAAAGCUUUCUUUAAAGAGACGCUGCCUCCUCGUCUGAGAAGCUUGUCCCUCUUGUCUCCUUCUUGACUUCUUGUCAAGCACUUCUUUGCUCUUUCUCUUGUUUCAGCCCCCUCCAAAGAGUCCAACAUGCCGGGCGAGAUUCGUGCCCUCUCUACCACCAACGACGUCAAUCGCGUCGAGGCUCCAGUGACCUGGAAAGCCUACCUCAUCUGUGCCUUCGCGUCCUUUGGCGGUAUCUUUUUUGGUUAUGACUCCGGAUACAUCAACGGCGUCAAUGGCGUCAAGGAGUUCAUCCAUAUCGUCGAAGGCCCUGAUGCCACGGCUCUCUCGUCCCCCCACCAGUCUCUGAUCGUCUCCAUCCUCUCGUGCGGUACCUUCUUUGGCGCCAUCAUCGCCGGUGAUGUCGCUGAUAUCAUUGGCCGAAAAUGGACUGUCAUCCUGGGCUGCCUCAUCUAUAUUAUUGGUGUCGUUAUUCAAAUGAUCACAGGCCCUGGCCACGGUCUCGGUGUCAUUGUCGCGGGUCGUCUGAUUGCCGGUUUCGGUGUCGGUUUCGAGAGCGCCACUGUGAUCUUGUACAUGAGCGAAAUCUGCCCCAGAAAGGUUCGCGGUGCCCUCGUGGCUGGAUAUCAAUUCUGCAUCACAAUUGGUCUGCUUUUGGCCUCCUGUGUUGAUUAUGCCACCGAGCACCGAGGAGACACUGGUUCCUACCGAAUCCCCAUUGGUAUCCAAUUUGCCUGGGGUCUGAUUCUCGGCGGUGGUCUGAUGUUCCUUCCUGACUCUCCUCGAUACUUUGUCAAGAGAGGCCGUAUCGAGAAGGCUAUGCAAUCACUCUCUCGCCUCCGUGGUCAGCCCACCGAUUCCGAGUAUAUCCAAGUCGAGAUUGCCGAGAUCAUCGCCAACGACGAAUACGAGCGGGAGAUGAUUCCAUCCACCGGCUGGUUCUCUAGCUGGCACAACUGCUUCAAGGGCGGUCUCCGCAACCAAAAGUCCAAUCUCCGUCGUACCAUUCUCGGUACUUCGUUGCAGAUGAUGCAGCAAUGGACUGGUGUCAACUUCAUCUUCUACUACUCGACGCCUUUCCUCCAAUCCACCGGAGCCAUUUCCAACACCUUCUUGAUUUCCCUGAUCUUCACGCUGGUCAACGUCUGCUCCACCCCGAUCUCUUUCUACACCGUGGAGAAAUUCGGCCGCCGCCCUCUGCUCGUCUAUGGCGCUCUCGGCAUGCUUGUUUGCCAAUUCCUCGUGGCCAUCAUCGGUGUGACGGUCGGCUUCAAUCACACCCACACCAACGCCAACGGCGACAGCAUUGCCAACAACAUCUCGGCCGUCAAUGCCCAGAUUGCCUUUAUUGCCAUCUUCAUCUUCUUCUUUGCCUCGACUUGGGGUCCUGGCGCUUGGAUUUUGAUCGGAGAGAUCUUCCCUCUCCCGAUCCGUUCCCGCGGUGUGGGUCUUUCGACCGCCUCUAACUGGCUCUGGAACACUAUCAUUGCCGUCAUUACCCCCUACAUGGUCAACCCGGACAAGGGCAACCUGCGAUCCUCCGUCUUCUUCAUUUGGGGCGGUCUGUGCACCUGCGCUUUCGUCUACUCGUACCUCCUCGUGCCCGAGACCAAGGGUUUGACAUUGGAACAAGUUGACAAGAUGAUGGAAGAGACAACCCCUCGCACCUCGGCCAAGUGGAAGCCUACCAAGACUUUCGCUGAGACGAUGGGCAACGAGGGCGGUGUUCUCAACAAGGAGAUCGUUGCGGAUGUUGAGAGGAAGGGCUCCGUCUUCUAGACGGACGGAUCGGGCGGCAUCUGCGGCAGCUCGGGAGCCAGAUCUUUGCUGCGGUCUUUUCUGACCGGCCUCAUGCUGGUUGUUUUGAUCCUGCGAUUUUGUUCUCGAGAUGCGAGUUUGAUGCUUAGCAGGGUGAGGAGAAACCUGUUGGAAUUGACACUUUUUGUUCAAUAGCAAGACAGGACCGACAGACCUGAGGGUGGCCUGACAGGCAGUAAGCGGUAGUAGGAGGGGAAUGACCAUCACAUCAUCUCACCAUCCAUAACAAAGAAUGUUAUUACAUUUUUUGCCAUUUGCUGAGCACUCAGUGUGCCGCCUCAAGACCUGAACAGGCACCCAUGUCUAUCGCCCUUUCCCUCGCUGUCUGCAGAGGUCUCCCAUUCAAGUCGUAUCCAUGAUGUGCUGGCUGUCUAGUUGUUAGUCGUACCAUCGUCAGCUAUACGAUGAUUGCACUACUGUAUUUCAUUCCA